AUGGUAAUGGUAGUAGGAGAUCAAGAGUAUAUCGCCGUAGACGUAGAUGUUGACGCGAGACAGGAGGAGUGGGAAGGGUUGGAGAGAGAAUCGAAAAAGAAAAAGGAGCAGGGAGAGGAGGCAGAGGAGGGGAGACUCGUUGCUGGCCCGUGGAUCAACUCCCUCGCCAGCCAAUCACAACAGCCAACUCUGGCCGCUUGUCUUGUUACCGUCCCGUACACACCCGUAUUGUGCCCAGUCCCGUACAACAACCACCAAAUCGCGAGCUUAAUCAUACGGAUCAUACGCAGCUGUGACCGUAUCGAAAUUCUGCUUCCUUCGCCCAAACCUCAGAUCACGCCCGCCAUUUCUGAUCCAUUUCUGAUUUCUGCCCGUGUCGCUGGGCCUAUAAGUAGUACGCUCGCCCUCGCCCACUGCACCGCGACUCCGUCUCCUCCUCUUCUUCCUCUUCCUCCAACAUAUAUCCCACAUCUUCAUCACCACCACCACCACUACAACAACAACAACAACUACUACUACUACUACCACUACCACUACAACCGCUCUACUCUUCCAUUGCUUCAAUUCUCUACUUUCUACCUCCUCUAA